CGGCCCCACCCGUUGGAGCCACGAGCCACGAGCGGCCCACGCGCCGUCGUAGUGGCACCUCAGUUCACCCGCCGCACGGACGUCAAGCCAGACGUAACACGUAAACAUGUCGAUAAGUGCCAAAGUUGCCUGCUGGUUCGCCUGCCUGGCUUAUGUAAAUGCCGGCAUCAUCCUUGAAAAUGCACCGGCGUGUCCAGAACAACAUGGCGUGCAGGCGUACGCGCACCCGGAGCUUUGCGACCAGUUCUUCUUGUGCACCAACGGAACCCUCACGGUGGAGACCUGCGAGAACGGACUGCUGUUCGACGGCAAGGGCGCCGUGCACAACCACUGCAACUACAACUGGGCCGUUGACUGCGGGGAGAGGAAGGCUGACUUGACCCCAAUCUCCACGCCCGGCUGCGAGUACCUCUUCGGCAUCUACCCCGACAGUGACGACUGUUCCACCAGCUACGUGAAGUGCGCAUUCGGAGUCCCGCAGCAGGAGCCCUGCACGCCCGGCCUGGUGUACGACCACCGCACGCACAGCUGCAACUGGCCCGACCUGCUGCAGCCCUUCUGCAACCCUGAAGCGGUCGUCGGCUUCAAGUGCCCCACCAAGGUGCCUGCCCACACUCAGUCCGCCAAGUUCUGGCCGUUCCCUCGCUUCCCCGUGCCCGGAGACUGCCGCCGCCUGAUCACGUGUGUGGAGGGCCAGCCUCGCCUCAUCACCUGUGAAGAGGGCAAGGUCUUCGACGACCAGAACCUGACUUGCGAAGACCCGGAGCUGGUGCCGCACUGCGCGCACGCGUAGGCGCUCGCUGUUUCAUUGCAAGAUGAAUUGAUUCUUUGUAUCUUUUAGAAAAUUUUCGCACUAUGUACUUACUUUCUUGGUUUUUAAUAUCAAUGCUCUACUCACUAAGUGUUUGCUGCUGGACCGAGAACCUGUCUCACCAUGGUUCUUGAGCUCCACUUAUGGAUUUCUCAAUUGAAAACCAUAAUAUCAAAGUAGGUAGGU